UCACCAUUCCCUUCCACAAGCAUAAACAGAAAGAAAGACAUCAAACAAAAGAUGAUGAUCAUAAAGUUUAAGUCAAUAAAAUUGUCUAGAAGUUUUUCGAAAUUACGAUUUGGCAAGAUCAAUGACAAUAACAAUAACAAUAGUAAGAGAAACAGAGUUAGUCUCCAACAAUGUAAUACGACCAUUGAUGCAGAAGUUAAAUGGGAGUUACGACCUGGUGGAAUGCUUGUUCAAAAGAGGGAGAUCAAAGAGCAAAGCAUGGAAGGGGUUAUCGUGGUUAGAGUCGUCAGUGGUUCAAAGUGGCAUGACAUAUCUAUUCAAGCCACUUCUACUUUUGGAGAAUUAAAGAUGAUAUUAUCAAUGGUGACUAGCUUGGACCCAAAAGAGCAAAGAGUAUUGUUCAAAGGGAAAGAGAGAGAAGACGAAGAAUAUCUACACAUGGUUGGUGUUAGAGACAAAGAUAAGGUGUUGAUGUUACAAGAUCCGGCAACCAAGGAGAAGAAACUAGUCACAAAUGCUAUGGUAGCUGCUUAUCAUACAACUACAGUAUAAAUAAUAGUAUUUAUAUAUCGUCAUGAGCUAGAAGAACAUAUUGUCUUACCAAGUAUGGCCUCUUGACUAAAAGAUUGGCCGGUGAUGAUUAUAGCUAAGUUGAGUAGUGUUUUGUUACAAAUUUUUAGAUCGUCCACACCUUGGUUAACAAUUAACCUACUAAAGGUUUGUGUGUUUCCUAUAUUUCAUAUGUAAAAAGGCAAAACUAUGUACAUGUUUAUU